AUCGUAUUUAAGGCGUGGGCAAACACUGGAGAUGUCUACUUGUGCUGUGCCCCUGUCCAGUCGGCCAGUUUCUCUCUCUCUCCUUGUAUUUCUGUCUGUCUGCCUGUUUUUCUCUCUGCCGGACCAGGUCUCCUCCACCAUGCUGGUAAAAGCGCUCCUUCAGACCUCGCUGGUCCUAUGGCUGGCACAGUACACACUACAAGGAGGAGUGAAACCUCAAAGUGGCGGUAUGGGGAAAAUGCUACCCAGGGGGGCUGGUGCUCUUGGGAUACAGGGAGGCUACGGAGCCAAGCCCGCCAAAACUGGAGGAGCUGGGGGUGGUCGUUAUCCAGGGGGGGCUCAGCAGCUUGGAGGAGGUGAGUUUCUCAAAGAAAGAGGGGAUACAGAGGCCCAGGAGGGGCCGGGGGUAGGGGAGGAUAUGGUAACGGAGGCCAGGGAGGCUAUGGUGCUGGUCUGGGAGCAGGAAAUGGCCAAGGAAUGGGGACGGGAGCCGGACUGGGCUCACAGGGUGGGAAACCACGUGGAGGAUACGGUGGUAAUGGAUAUGGCACACAGCCAGGUUACGGGGCUGGAGCUGGAGCCGGAGCCAGAGGCUAUCCACGACCAGGUGCUGGAGCUGGGUAUCCCAAUGGACAGGGAUCUAAGGGACCAAAACCGGGAUAUGGUGCAGGAGCUGGAGUGCCCAAUGGACAGGGUGCUAAACCCAAUGGGUAUGCUGCAGGAGCUGGAGGAGUUCCCACUGGACAGGGUGCUAAACCAUCCAAACAGGGAUAUGGUGCAGGAGCUGGAGUGCCCAAUGGACAGGGUGCUAAACCCAAUGGAUAUGGUCCAGGAGCUGGCAUUCCCAAUGGUCAGGGUGCUAAACCCAAUGGAUAUGGUCCAGGAGUUGGAGCCCUCAACGGUGGUAAAAGCUAUGGAUAUGGUCCAGGAGUGGGAGAACCCAAUGGACAGGGUGCUAAAGCAACAAAAACUGGCUACGGUGCUGGAGCAGGCAGCUACCCUGGGGCAGGAAACAACGGCUAUGGAGCAGGUCUUGGACAAGGAGGAUACCCCCAGAAUGGAGCAGGUGCCAGUCUGGGACAGGGAGGAUACCCCCAGGGUGGAGCAGGAGGAUACCCCCAGGGUGGAGCAGGAGGAUACCCCCAGGGUGGAGCAGGUGGAUACCCACAGGGUGGAGAAGGUGGAUACCCCCAGGGUGGAGCAGGUGGAUACCCACAGGGUGGAGAAGGUGGAUACCCCCAGGGUGGAGCAGGUGGAUACCCCCAGGGUGGAGCAGGAGGAUACCCCCAGGGUGGAGCAGGAGGAUACCCCCAGGGUGGAGCAGGUGGAUACCCCCAGGGUGGAGCAGGUGGAUACCCCCAGGGUGGAGCAGGUGGAUACCCCCAGGGUGGAGCAGGUGGAUACCCCCAGGGUGGAGCAGGUGGAUACCCCCAGGGUGCAGGAAAACCAGGCAAAGCUGGCGGUGGUGCUAAUCUGGGACAGGGAGGAUAUCCCCAGGGUGGAGCAGGAGGAUAUCCCCAGGGUGGAGCAGGAGGAUACCCCCAGGGUGGAGCAGGCAAAUCAGCGGGUUAUGGUGAUCAAAUUGGAGGAGCAUACCCCGGGGCCGGAGCGGGCAACGGAUAUGGGAAUGGUGGAGGCCCAGCUGGGGGGGCCAAUGCAGUGCCUGCAGGCUAUGGCAAUGGCUACGGUGCUAGUACUGGAGGCAAUGGUUAUGGAGCCGGGGGAGGAGUCAGUCAGCUUCCUUACAAUGGAGCCCCAGUCAAUACUGCUGGACUGGAUGCAGGUGAUGGAAGCUUCCCUUAUGGUGCUCAGCAACUGGGCCUUGGUGGUGAUGGAGGCAAAUCCUCUGGCAAAUAUGGCAACGGUGGAUUGCCACAGGGUGCACAACAGGGUGCACAGCCUUAUGGACCUGCGACUGGUGGUGGGAAACCACCUUGCAAAAAUGGAAACGGAGGGGGCUUUGGAGCACAGCCAGCAGGCUAUGGUCAAGGACAGCUGGGUGCAGGUCAGAGUGCCCCCUACAGUAACGGAGCAGGAGGGAAGGAAAGCAAAUAUGGUGGUGGUGGACUGACUGGAUUCUUUGGAAAUGGAGGGUACAAAGGUUAAGUCAAUCAGCUGAGGCCUUCUUGAAGUGAAUAUUUGUUCCGUUCCGUCAUGUGUUCAUGGUGAUGUUUGUUGUUUGGUCUGUUGUUACAUUUAACUAUUCCAUUUUUGUUCUGUAUUUGUCUGGUUUUUUGUUCAUGGUCCUUGUCUUUUGUGUUGUUGUGUGUCUGUCCCCUCUCUUCCUCUACUGGUUUUGGAGAUUGUGUUGCCAGUGUGUUUGUGUUCAUAUCCAUUUCACACUAAAGGGCAGAAAGCAACCGUAUAAUGUCUGUCAGUCUCCUCAUUCUUUUAACCUUGGCAAAAGUAUGGCAAAUGUACUGUACAUGUGAUGUGGGGGUUGAGUUUUAAGACUGAAGCUCUAUGAGUUUAAAUCAAUACCAAAUAAAAUCAAAUUUAAAGACCUGUUCCCAAAA